AUGACGGAUUCCGCCCCGCCGAAGCGAUUAGCCUGCAUCCCGUGCACAAAGGCAAAGCGCAAGUGCAGCAAGCAGACGCCCUCGUGCCAUCGCUGCAAGGACAAGCACAUUGUCUGUCGCUAUCCUGCUCCGCGCAUCGCACCCCCGUACGAUCUCGUCUUCUCACAGGACGGCGCUGUCUCCGUAAUCCCUACGCCCUCGGACGGGAAUCCGCUGCCAACUCCGCCGUCUCAGCUCGGGACGGCAGAUGCUUUGCAGAAUCCGUGGUUUCUGUCUCCUUCAUCAUGGACCAUCGACCACAAGACGGGGCCCAUCCCUUCGCAAAUCUACUUUAGCGAUGAGGCUCUCACGUACUUUAUUGGCCAGCUUCAGGUGUGGCUGAAGCAAUGGACUACCGAAGGCCGCUGUCCCUUUAUCCAUUCCCAGCUUUGGAGGAUCCAUCUUCCCGAAAGUGUCCAGGAUGCAUUUACCGCCCUGUCAUCAUAUCACUCCAAGACGCCUGCGACGGAGAAGAUGGUGCUUCGCAUUAUCGAAACCCGCGUCAACAAUCUGGUGGGAGGGCAGAAUCCCGACAACGUGGGCGAUUUUGGCGUUGUCAUGCUUGACCCCGCAUGUCAUCUUGCAAGGACACAGGCCCUCCUGAUUUACAAAAUCAUUCGCCUCUUCGACGGCGACAUUCGCGCUCGUGCACAAGCUGAGAAAAACAUUGAUACUCUUGCUCUCUGGGCUCGACAGCUUUGGCAGAGCGCCGGGCUUGGCCUGACUGCUAACCAUCAUAAGGAUCUGGUCAAUCGCUCAAAUCCCGAUCCAGUCGGUACGCAGCUACGGACAGAUGGCUCCCUCUCGUGUACAUGGCAGGCUUGGAUAUUCUCCGAGUCAAUUCGACGCACGUACUUGGCCGCGACGCUCACAGAAGCCGUGUACAUGACACUCAAGCAAGGCUGGGCUCCCUGCCCUGGCGGUAUCAUAGUCUCAUGCGGCGCAGGUCUAUGGGACGCGCCAUCAGCAUUCGCUUGGAUGAAUCAUUAUCAAUCAAACCCCGUGAACACUAUUCGUUGCGUCGAUGGGGAGCAAUUGUUUUCCAGCGCCCGAGCAUCGGAUGUGGACGAGUUUUGUCACGCUACGAUGAUUGUGUCGUAUGGGCUCGAACGGUUUGAACGGUGGUGCAAUGAGAAGAUAUGA